AUGGCCCAGAAAGCAGCCAAAACCCUCGCAGCACGCAACACCUCCGUCCUGCUGCGCACCCAUCUCAUCACCCUGGCCCUUCACUCGCUUUUCCUCCUCCUCCACUGGACCUUCAACCGUCCUCGUUCCCUAAAACCCUACUGCCUCCUCGCAUGUCCCACCCUAGCGAUCGAAUUCUACCUUGACCGUCUAGGCCGACCCGCCUACAAUGCCGCGGACGGCUCUCUCCGCUCCCCGGGGGAGGAUCUCGGAGCGGCCGGUUUAACAGAGUACAUGUGGGAUAUUCUCUACUGGACCUGGGGCUGCAUCGGCGCCGCGUGUCUGUUCGGGGACCGUGCUUGGUGGUUGUGGAUCGUGGUGCCGGUGUAUUCUGUUUGGUUGGCCUAUUCGACCUUGACUGGGGUGCGGAGCGGGUUGGCUGGAAUGGGAGGUGAGGCGGAACAGACGGGUGGAGAGAGCAAGAGACAAAAGAAGAUGGAAAAACGGGGGGGUCAGCGGGUGCAAUAUCGGUGA